CUCUGCCCCCACAGCCGACACCAUGGAGAUCGUGUACGUGUAUGUCAAGAAACGCAGCGAAUUCGGGAAGCAGUGCAACUUCUCCGACCACCAGGCCGAGCUGAACAUCGACAUCCCGCCCAACCCGGAGCUGGCCGAGCAGUUCGUGGAGCGGAACCCCGUGGACAAGGGCGUCCAGUGCUCCACCAGCAUGUCAGAACACGAGGCCAACACAGAGCGCUUUGAAAUGGAGACCAAGGGGGUUAACCACGUUGAGGGGGGCUGGCCCAAGGAUGUGAACCCCCUGGAGCUGGAGCAGACGAUCCGCUUCCGGAAGAAAGUGGAGAAAGAUGAGAACUAUAUCAACGCCAUCAUGCAGCUGGGCUCGGUCAUGGAGCACUGCAUCAAGCAGAACAAUGCCAUCGACAUCUAUCAGGAGUACUUCGAUGAUGAGGACCCGGUGGAGGUGACGGACGAGGCCCCUUCCGCUAAAACCAUCAACGUCUUCAGGGACCCCCAGGAAAUCAAGCGGACAACCACACACCUCUCCUGGCACCCUGACGGCAACCGCAAGUUGGCCGUGGCAUAUUCUUGCUUGAAUUUUCAGCGGGCACCUGCGGGCAUGGGCUUCGAGUCGUACAUCUGGGACAUGGAACAUCCCAACAAGCCUGAAAUGUCCCUGAAGCCGUCUUCCCCCCUCGUCACUGUGGAAUACAACCCCAAGGACUCCCACAUCCUCCUGGGGGGCUGCUACAACGGGCAGAUCGCCUGCUGGGACACCCGGAAGGGCAGCCUAGUGGCCGAGCUGUCCACCAUCGAGUUCAGCCACCGGGACCCUGUGUACGGCACCAUCUGGCUGCAGUCCAAGACGGGUACCGAAUGUUUCUCGGCCUCCACAGAUGGGCAGGUGAUGUGGUGGGACAUUCGAAAGUUGAGCGAGCCCACGGAGCUGUUGAUCUUGGACAUCACCAAGAAGGAGAUGCUGGAGAAUGCCCUGGGCGCCAUCUCCCUGGAGUUCGAGUCCACCCUGCCAACCAAAUUCAUGGUGGGCACAGAGCAAGGCGUGGUCAUCUCCUGCAACCGCAAAGGCAAGACGGCCUCCGAGAAGAUUGUGUGCACCUUCCCGGGUCACCACGGCCCCGUCUACUCCCUCCAGAGGAACCCCUUCUACCCCAAAAACUUCCUGACCGUCGGGGACUGGACGGCACGCAUCUGGUCUGAAGACAGCCGGGAGUCGUCCAUCAUGUGGACCAGGUACCACAUGGCUUACCUCACCGACGGCGCCUGGAGCCCGGUGCGGCCCUCCGUUUUCUUCACCACCAAGAUGGAUGGCACCCUGGACAUCUGGGACUUCGGGUUUAAGCAGUGUGACCCAGCCCUCCGCCUGAAGGUGUGUGAAGAGGCCCUCUUCUGCCUCCGGGUGCAGGACAACGGCUGCUUCGUGGCCUGUGGGUCCCAGCUGGGGACGACCACGCUGCUCGAGGUCUCCCACGGGCUCUCCACCAUGCAGAGGAAUGAGAGGAACAUCGCGUCUUCUAUCUUUGAGCGAGAGACGCGGCGGGAGAAGCUCCUGGAGGCCAGGCACCGGGAGAUGCGGCUGAAGGAGAAGGGCAAGGCCGAGGGCAAGGCCGAGGACCAGAAGGACAACGAGAUGGACGUCAACCUGGAGGAGCUGGUCAGCAAGGCCGAGGCGGAGUUCUUCGAUGUCAUCUUCAAGGAGCUGAAAAGGAAGGAGAUCGACGCCUUGAGGAAGAAGCAGCAGCAUAAGGGCGAAGGGGAAGAAGAGGAAUUGGAGGAUCAAGAGAUGAAAGCAGAGGAGGAGGAGGGCAGAGAGGAAGAAGGGGAGGGUGAGGAAGAGACGCAAGCCUAG